CUUCGCGAGCCACAGUUGCGAGUUCCCAGCCGCUUCCGCCAUAGUAGCAAGUCGUCGUCACGAAUCGCUUGUCGUUCGUGGCUGUUGUCUUUAUAAAGCGCGAUGUUCCCCUCUCCCCCCUUGCUCCCGCCUGGGGCUUUAAGCAGCAUAUCCUGUGGCUAUUUCUUCUUCUUGUUGUUCUUCUUCUUCUUGUUCUUCUUCUUCUUCUUCCUCUUCUUCUUCUUUCUUCUUCUUCUUUCUUCUUCUUCUUCUCCUUCCUUCUUCUUCUCGUCCGUGGACUUUUAUAUACUUACUACUGUACAUCAAUCAGUUGCUUGCGUACAUAUUUCCGAGUCCGCUCUCUCACCCUAGCGAGAAGGCGAUCGCGCCGGCUUUCACAAUGCGCGCUUCGUCUGCACUCCUUGCCUACUCGGCACUGAGCUUUGGCCUCACCACGGCCCAGUUCAUCGAAGCUCCGGAAACAUACCACAACCCAUAUGGCGUAGUUUACUCUGCAAUGCUCUUGGACAAAAACACCACCUCCCUUCGCGGGACAAUCAACGCGACUGCCGGGCCGGGCGGACACGGCGUGACGUACACCGUCGAGUUCUGGGGCUUUCCAGAUGAGUUCACAUACGGGCCUUUCCCCUACCACGUCCACGAUCAGCCUGUCAACAGCAGUGGUGACUGCCAGUCUACUCUUGCCCAUCUCGACCUCACCUUCCGGGGUGAGCAACCACCUUGUGAUAAGAAAAAACCUUGGACCUGCCAAGCUGGCGAUUUCAGCGGCAAGUAUGGAGAUAUCAUGAAUCUUACAAACGGCACUCAUUACUAUACGAAAUUCCAUGAUCCAUAUACUUCUACGCGGCAUGGCCCAGGCUCUUUCAUCGGCAACCGCUCCAUCGUUGUCCAUUACAACAACAUCACCCGUAUCAAUUGCGGCAACUUCUCGUUGAUAAGCAAUGGUACCACGCCUCCUACGCAUACCAAGAAGCCUCCUCAUAUCUUGCCUCCUACGCAUACCAAGAAGCCUCCUCAUAUCUUGCCUCCUACGCAUACCAAGAAGCCUCCUCAUAUCUUGCCUCCUACGCAUACCAAGAAGCCUCCUCAUAUCGUGCCUCCUACGCAUACCAAGAAGCCUCCUCAUAUCGUGCCUCCUACUCAUUCCGUACCUCAUCCCAAGCCUCCUAGUCCUUAUCCCAAGCCUCCUAGUCCUUAUCCCAAGCCUCCUGCUCAUACCAUUCCGCCUCCCGUGGCUCCUUCUCGUAUCUAUCCUCCGUCGGCUCCUUAUCCGAGUGCCCCGUCAAUUCCAGUUUAUCCGCCAGGACCGAAUCCUUCACCCGGUCCGAGUCCUCCACCAGGCCCGGUUGUUCCUUUGGGCACGAGUUAUUCGCCGCGUCCGACCACUCCACCAGGUUCGGGUGUUCUGCCAACGACCUCGGGAGCGCCAGGCCUCCCACCACAAUCACCGCCGCCUGCUAUUGGUGCUGCUAACCGUGUCGGUGCUGUCUCAGUCGGCAUGGUCCUCGCUGGCCUUGCCGUUCUCAUGUUGUAAUGAGCAGUUCAGUUCAGUUCUAGGGAGGUCUAAUCCCGGCGGAGUUUUUAAUGAUGGGGCAAAAGGAGAGAGAAGAAAGCCAAACAGAAAAUGGAGCAACUUGAAGAAAAAUGUAUCG